GCGAGAGCGGGGAGCCUGCGGAGAGAGCAGCAGUGUGGACAGGGCUGCCUGCCCAAGGAGCCCUCAGGGCUCAGGGUGUUGGCAGGCUGGGUCUGGGUCUGGACAGAGGCACAGCGCGGGGAACGACCUGACCGACUGUUUUUGGAAAGGCCUUCCUGUCCCUGGGCCCUCAGAGACAACCUCAGCUCAGCUUCACAAAACCCGAGCAAAUCUGCCUGGCGUUCCUGUCCCAGCAGAGGGCAAACCAUCCAUUGGUCCGAGGCAGAAAGAACUGCAUGAGGACCCACAAGCUAACAGAUGCAAAAAUUGCUCUAAAAAGAACAAAGUGCCAUAUUUACAAACACGGACCCAUCGCCUUGACAACACCCACAGCAUUAUCUUCUCUUCUGAGCUCCUAAUUCAUCAACAGCUGAGGCUGCCCCUCAGAAACAAGGCCGCGCCACGCUGGCCCCGCCCGCAACGAGACGGCGACCACCAGUAACCCCGCCUCUCGCCGCCUUGUGGCCAAUAAAGGAGAAGCACGACUGUUUGCACAUGCGUGAUGCCACCAAUGGGAGCGUCCAAUAACGACUGGGGGAUCCGGCAAGUAACAUGGCUAAAAAGAAGCGGGAGAAUCUGGGCGUCGCUCUAGAGCAAUUUCUGGUGACUCUCAUGGAAAGACGUAUUGUCUUACAACUGAGAUUCCUCAGAGAUGAAGUUCGAUCAGUGGGAUAAACACCUGCGUUUUUGCCCCUGGAUGUGCGAUUGCCCAUCCCUCCUGUGUUGGGUACAUUGGAAGGGCAGAGCCUUCCCGAAGCAUCUCACUUCACUCCAGGACACACCUGUGUGGCAGGUGUCUGCCGUGUUCAAAGCUCUGAUUGAUGGGCUGGAGGAGAAGCUGUCACAAUGUCAGAGGGACCUGGAGGCUGUGAACUCCAGGCUCUGUGGGGCAGAGCUGAGCCCAGACACCAGGAAGUCUCUGGAGAAGGAGAAAAACAGCCUGAUGAACAAAGCCUCCAACUAUGAAAAGGAGCUGAAGUUGCUUCGGCAGGAGAACCGGAAGAACAUGCUGCUAUCUGUGGCCAUCUUCAUCCUCCUGAGCCUCAUCUAUGCCUGCUGGACCAUGUGAGCCUGAGAUUUCUCCAGUCUGCAACCUGGUCACAACCAAGCAGGCCCUUCAGGCCUCAAGAGGACCAACGUACAGGGACAUACCUGCUCCACCCGGACACCAGAGCAGGGCUUCCUGUUGGUUCAGCCCCUCCUGCCACCCUGCCCUGCCAGGGCCCUGGGUCUCCAGGACUGCGUGCCGGCUCCUCCCUGAGCCCACGGGAGAGGCAAUAAAGAACACCCGGGCUGCA